CACUGCCCGUCAUAAGCAGCUUUUUAUAGAGUCGUAAAUUUUGAAUCGCUUAUCAUUAUUUAGUUCGAAAUUACGAUCGCUUUUAUGAGCACAACAAAAUAAUAAUUUACUAAAAGGGUCUUGACGUUAGUUCGAUGGUUCCAACAGUGCGUCUUUGUACAGUGUGGUCCGUGAACUUUCACCUCUGUUCCUACAGUCGAUAAGGAUCGUGUGGAUCUGACAGAACACACGCUGAAAAUAUUCAUGGAUUAGUAUGAAUUGCGCUUUGGUGCUUUAGUUAUUUAUUCCCGAAAGAAUCGCGUUUGCACAGUUUUGUUUCACGGUAGUUGUUUCAGCCACAUGGAAACUUUCAUCAGCUUCACGAACCAAAGUCAAGGAAGGGAUCGCAUUUUCAGGGCAACACAAUAUGCAUGUGCUUUGGCGAAAUACCUUCUGAGAAAUGAAGCGAAAAGAAAAGAGCUGGCGAAAAAGCUGCAGUUGCUGGAGUCUAAUAUGAGCUCGGGGCGAAAGCUAUUCAGGCUUGGCAACACUGUAAACUCGGUCCAUGCUGCCAAGAGCACUCUUCAUAUUUCUGACCCUGUCCUGCGCUUCUGCCUGACUGUCGCCAAUCUCAACCGUGCCUUAUACUUCAUCUGUGACAACAUCCUCUGGGCAAGAAGCAUCGGCCUAAUCCGAGAUAUCGACAAGGAGCGCUGGAACUUGAAUUCCUCUCGCUUCUAUUUCCUGUCUUUGGUCAUGAAUCUGACCAGAGACGUCUAUGCGAUCAUCCAGCUAAUGGUCCAGAAGUCUCGAGACCGACGCUACCAGCAGAAAGCCGACCAGCACCUUAACGAAAGUCCGGAUGUGGCUUGUGUCAUUGUGCCUCAGCUCGACGCGUUUCUCUUUCUUCUCAUGGAGAGCCUCAGAAGUCAGCCGUCUGUGGCUUUGGAUACACUUAAAAAUGUUUGCGAUCUUUUCAUUCCACUUGACAAACUGGGUAUUUACCAGACCAAUGCAGGGGUGGUGGGCUUCUGUGGGCUGGUGUCCUCGCUUUUAGGCAUACUGACAGUCUUGAGGCCCACGCUUAAAAUAAAGCCAUGAUGUAGGAAAUAAGAAAAUACAUUAAAGUAAAAUCCUGGAGAUUUCCGAACAAACUUUUAGAUUAGUUAAAUGUUAAAUUAGACUAUUAAUAAAGGAUUAGAUUCUCCCUAAAAAAUUAAUUACGUGAUGAUUUACUCACUCCCAGGAUAUAUUUGUCUUGCUUUACUUAUUUGACAAGAAAUUUGGGAUUUUGGAAGAAAAAGUUAAAGUUUACUCUAUUUUAUCACCUUCAAGUGCUUCCAAACCUUCAUGCGUUUCGUUUUUCUGUUGAACACAAAAGAAGAUAUUUUGAAAAAUGUUAGAAACUGUUAAACACUGACGUUCAUACUAUAGAAGUCAAUUGUUGCUGGUUUUCAGGAUUUUUCAGAAUAUUUUCUUUGGCGUUCAAUGGAACUCAAAUUGAAACUCAAACAGGUUUGUGCAACGUUAAGGGGGACUAAAUUAUGGCAAAUGUCAUUUUUGUGUGAACUAACCCUUUAAUGAUGUUUCUCAACAUCUAAUGCAAGUGUAAGGGCUCAUUGGUCUUUUUUUUUUUUCAUACGUAAUCCAUAUUUAUGCAGCUUCAAAGCGUCCACAUGAGCACAGUUAAACAAUAGGGAAAUCAUCAGUCGUAUUCAGUGCCUAUGUAAUUUGAGAGGUUGCAGACUAAACUGCCAGCAUUUGUAUUUAAUAAGUAGAUCAUUUAUUUAUUUGUAUUUAUUGAAAUGACUGAUUGUUUGGUCAAAUGUGUUUAUGUGAAUUACUUUUGGAGCUGCCUUAAUAUGGAUUAUGGACUGUCAGAAAUGUCUGACGUGAACUUUGUUCACAUGCAAUCAAUGGAGAAACAAAGAUCUAUAAUUUUUUUUCUUAUUUUCCAUGGAUAAACAUAACAUCUGGGCAGCUAAAAGUGAUAUGCAUGACCUCAGCCAAUAAAUAAGUGUCUUUUGUGUAGUGAAAAAAAAUAAAUCCCCAUGAAAAUUAUGGAUUGUUUUGCCAUUUGUUGACUGGGGAGAUAUAGAUUCAUUUGAAGCUGUGUAAAUAAUGAUCCCGCAGGGCUGGUGUCCUGCAUAAUUUAGUUCCAACCCCAAUUAAAAACACCUAAACCAGCUUAUCAAGCUCUUUUUAGGUAUACUUGAAACUUCCAGGCAGGUGUGAUGGAGGAAGUUGGAGCUAAGCUAUGCAGGACACCGGCCCUCCAAUACAGAGUUUGAAAAACUCUGCAUUAGAUCAUAGAUCUCAAACUCAAUUCCCGGAGGGCCGCGCAGCUCUGCAUAGUUUUUCUCCAAGUCUGUUCAAACACAGCUGAUCCAACUAAUGAAGGUGUUCAUGACUUUAUUUGAACACCUCAAUUAUUUGGUUCAGCUGUGUUCGAUUAGGGUUGGAGCAAAACGGUGCAGAGCUGCAGCCCUCCAGGAAUUGAAUUUAAGACCCAUGCGUUAGAUGGGGAAAAGCCUAAAUUUAGAUUACAUCGAAUUAAUCCACAUCAAGCUAACAAAUAAUGGUUUUCCAUAGCAAAAAGUUUAAAAAUUUAUUGAAAAAUGUGCUACGUGGAUGCGAGAGAUUGUAAUCCUAAACACAUCACCAAGGUUUUUUUUAUGAAAAUGGCUGAUCAUUUCACUGUAGAUUACAUUGAUGCUGCCUAAAUAUGCAUUUUGGACCACCGUCAACCAGUGGUGUAGUCCUUAAAAAAAAAAAAAGGUGGUGUACUUUUACUCACCCAACCCAAAUUUUAAAAGUGGGCAAUGAAAGUCAAUGUUUCUUUGAUUCCUUAGCAAUAUAUAUUUAUUUAACAUAAGUUACCUGUAACUAUUGACUUCCACAGACGAAAAACAAGUCCUAUGGAAGUCAAUGGUUACAGGUUUCCAGCUUUAACAGAAUAAAAAAAAGACAAACCGGUUUGCACCAGGUAAAGGCUGAGUAAAUAAUUACAAUUUUCAUUUUUGGGGUGAACACUCCAUUUUAAAAUAUAAAAAAAUAAAAAUAUUGAAACAAAUUUGUUCAUUUUAAAGCGAGAUGCUAAUAGUGUAAUCCUAUUCAAUGAUUUAUGCUUGGCUAAUAGCAGGGGCGGACUGGGAAAGAAUUUUCAACCAGUCCAAAGUUACUGUCAGAAAGGAGGGCUGGGGGGGUUGUGCGGCAGGCCAGAGUCACGGUGGCAGGCCACAUCCGAUGCGAUCUAGAAAGUGCUCCCUAUGGCCAGUCCGCCCCUGGCUAAUAGUGCCCCCAGCAGACCCGGAGAUUGGCUUUAUAGGGAACUGAGGCAAUAAUGUAUUGUACAGUUCAUGAGCUAAUCGCAAAACUUAGGGGGGGCUGAAUAGAAAUAUAAGGGGGCUACGUGACGCUCAUGCUGUUUCAUAAUUGUACCUGAAUGUUUCAGCGAGACAUCAUUCAGUUGACUUGUCGUUGUCUUCGAAAAACUCUAACGAAAUGCUCACCGCUGCUGCGGUAGUCAGGUGCAUGGAAUGGCGCAAUUUAAACAAAAUGCACCAAUUGCAACAAAUUAAGGUGCAAGUUAAUAACACAUUUGGUAUAUAGUUUAAUAAUAACAUGUAAUUAGGGAAGUCUAAUCAGCAAAACAAGUGAGUCUACUGAGGGUAUAUGCAAUUAUGGAUCCUCAGAAGUCGUAAUACCCAAACAGCUCGUGGAAUAAAGUAGGCAUAAGGAGUAUACAUGCGUAUAGCCCCAACUACACCACUGCCGUCAACAUAAUUUGGACUCUAAUUUGAGUAUCAUUCACUUGCAUCAGAUGAAAAAAAAAAUCAUGUUUUUCUGCAAAAGCUUAAUUUCAGCUAAAGAAAGUAAAUCACGCACCUUAGAAGGGUGAGUAAUUCAGGAUAUUUCACUUAUUUUGGGAUGACAUUUUGUGAAGGGACCAACUUAAUUGGCACGAAAGGGAAAACAGUACAUACCCAUAAUGCAGUGCAGUGCUUGUUCUGCACAAAAUAAUGAGAAAAAUUGCAGUGUGUUUAACCACAUGCUGCAUACGCUUUCAUUAAAUAGUGCCUUACCACAUCUGUUUGUGGCAUCCGUGGGUAAACAUUACACGUGUGUAUUAUGCACUCUUUUAAUAGAGAUUUUGAUUACUGUGGUACUGAUAUGACGGUAGAUGAACACUUUGAAACUAGAAACUUUAUUUCCAUCUAUUAGAAAGGAUGGGAGAUGCUCAAGUUUCUGUAGUGUGCGCUUAACAUUUAGUCUUCUCUUUUUUGGAGAAAAGCAUCUGUGAUUUUAGAUGUUUCCUACCUCGUUCCGACAGACUUGUUUACAGAUGUUUAUUUCACUUUAGGUGUCAGACAAGGUUUUAUUAGUUAUUGCUUCUAUAACAUUCUGAUUCUACAGCACUGUCAAACUGCUUUAAGAACAAGCUGUGAACUUUAAUAAAGGAAUUUAUAUGCUGUGUUAAAA